AUGAGUUCAGAUGAUGAUGAUUUGGAUCAUGAUGAUGAUGAUGAUGAUGAUGAUUUGGAUGAUGAUGAUGAUUUGGAUGAUGAUGCUUUGAAUGAUGAUGAUUUGGAUGAUGAUGAUUUGGAUGAUGAUGAUUUGGAUGAUGAUGAUGAUGAUGAUGAUUUGGAUGAUGAUGAUGGUGAUGAUGAUUUGGAUGAUGAUGAUGAUUUGGAUGAUUGGUACUAG